AUGCACUCUUUUACCAUCCCAGGUAUUGCCCUGGCCCUGACUGGGCUGGGCAACGCCGCGACAAUCUCGAAACGCGAGCUCUCAAUCACUACCAGCCUUCCAGCAGGCUUCAAGUACCUUGGCUGCUAUACCGAUUCUCCCGGUAACCGACAGCUGGCUCGUGCCAGUUACGUCGACUACAGCCGCAUGACUGAGGAAUCUUGCAUCGCGUUCUGUUCGGCCAAGGGCUUCCCAUAUGCCGGUGUCGAGUACGCUUCCGAGUGCUACUGCGACUAUUCCCUGGGGCCCCUCGCCACUAUGCAGCCCGAAUCCGACUGCAACUUCGCCUGCACCGGCGACUCGACGGAGCCUUGCGGUGCCGGGGACAGACUCAGUGUCUUUACAACGACCGCUGCCGCCGCCGGUCCCGGUGUCAACCCCGGCCCGGCGGGCUGGGCCUCUCUAGGCUGCUACAACGACAAUAUUCCCGGCCGCAUCCUCGCUUACCGUACCGGUGUUGCGGCCGGCGACAGUCUCAUGUCAGUCCUACAGUGCACUGCCGCCUGCAAAGCCGCCGGAUUCUCCUACGCCGGAGUUGAGUACUCUUCGGAGUGCUACUGCGACAACCAUAUCCUUAGCACCGCCGCCAGUGGCCAGACCGGCUGUAACAUGCUCUGCUCCGGCAACAGCACGGAAUACUGCGGCGGAGGGAACUUCAUCAACGUCUACAAGUCUUCCGCCGCGCCCAAGACAGCAAGCACCAUGCCCGCGGGCUGGACUGGCCAGGGUUGCCUGAAGGACAAUGUUCUCGGCCGCGCUCUCGGCGUUGGCAUGGCUGUGGCGGGCGGGCCCGCCAGCAUGACGGUCGAGAGCUGUGUCGCUGCGUGUUCCGCUGCCGGAUACCAGAUUGCCGGUGUCGAGUACUCUCAGGAGUGCUGGUGUGACAACCAGAUCCAGAACGGAGGCGUGCUGACUCUUCCGACGGACGGCUGCAACAUGCUUUGCAGAGGCAACACGUACGAGACCUGUGGCGGCUCGAACCGCCUCAACAUCUACGCGUCUUAUAACUUGAAUCUGGCCCUGCCCUCUAGUAGUUCCUCAUCCACGUAUGCGUCUACUUCGUCUUCGAGCAGCAGGGUCUCCUCUGCUUCCUUGACGUCUGCCACAUCCAGCUCGUCUGGGUCGUCAAGCCGCUCUAGCACCGCUUCUAGUACUUCCAGCAGCACCUCGCUCACUUCUUCUGCCGUUACAAGCACGCUCUCGACCUCGACCACGCCGCUGACCACCUCUUUCUCAUCCACCUCUUCCAGCUCUCCCUCCAGCUCUUCUUCCAGCUCUCCUUACAGCUCCAAGUCAAGCUCUGCAAGCUCUUCCUCUACCUCCGUCCCCACCUCUUCCUCCACCUCUUCAUUCACUUCUUCGACCGCCGCAACCUCGACCACGGCCACUUCAUCUUCCGCCAGCGGUGCCUGCGCUGCUCCCAGCCCAGCCAUUGCAAGCGGCCCAUACGUGAAAAACUCCGGAUGGGACUACGGCACCAGCAACUGGACCAUCACCGGUGCCGCUACCGGGCGCAUCGUCGGCGGCGGGUAUCAAGUAAGCGGCUGCGGAGCUCUCCUCUUCGAGUCCGCCCCAGGAGGUCUCAUAGGCCGCUUCACCCAAACACUGACCCUGCCCCCUUCCACUACGACCAAGAGGAGGAUCGUCACCGCAUACAUCGGCCGCAUGAACGAGACGCCGUCCUCCGCCGGGGUGCCGACAUUUGGGUUCGCCUGGGACACUUAUCCCAUCCCGGACGUCUUGGUGUGCGGGUCGACCAAUAACCCCUGCAGGAACGUCAACACGCCGCUGGCGAGCUACUCCAAGUACACGUGGACGUUCAACAUCGCGGGCGGCACGCACUACAUCAUGUUUGCCUUCAAUUGGCCCAGUGGAAGUAAUAAGGCGCCGGUUCUGAUUGAUGACAUUACCGUCGUCGAUGCGUAG